GAGUUCCUCUGCAUCUCUUCUCGGUUCUCACGGCCCUUCAGCUCUCCAUUCUCUCCUCCACCAUUCCGAUGCCGUCUCAUCUCCCUUAUCACUACCACCACGUACCUCCUCACCGAGGCCAGCGCAAGUGUGCUCGAGCCCUUCUCCCUCUUCUUGUUUGGAUCUGGGCGGCCGUGGGUCUCCGCUAUGGUUGUUACGGCAAACACCGGCUUGUUCUGGGUCCAAACUCUUCUCGAAUGAUGAAGACCAGCUCUCUCUUCGUAGAGCAAGUUCAGGUGAAGGAUAAAGCUAACCAAGGGAUACUGCUUUAUGGGUUCAAGGAUAGACCCAAGCUUAGCUUGGAAACCAACUGGACUCUCUCAAAACAUCUGUUCAUCGACUCCUAUGAUCGCCAGGGAUUCUCCUUGUGGUUGAACAAAGGGUCUAGGAUUUGGAUGGAUUGGGAGGUGAACCAUGGUGGUGAGAGCUAUGAAGACAUGCUCGUGGUUCUGAUCAAGGGAGAACAGAACUUGAAGGGGUUGCAGAGAUACUACCCAGGUUCCCACUUUCAUCCAGGCGAUACUGGUGACGGCAAUAGAAAAGCAGAGUACACUGUUGCUGAAGAUGAUACUUAUUAUUUCGGUGUCGUGAAUUUAACUCCUCGAACAAUGGUGAUGAUCUUGAAGGUCAAUGUUACAUCGAAGAUAUACGAUAUCAGUCGAGCAAACAACAUUUGUUCAACGACCGAUGGUUUGUGCAAGCUUGAGCUCCACCUUCCAAGCACUUGCUAUUAUGUGUUAACAACACCAAAUAGUGAUGUGCCCAUCACCGUUUGGCAAGUUGAACUAUCUUUUGGAGCACGGCUGGUCUCAUAUUUAGUGGUCACAGGGUUUGUCAUAUUUAUUGCGUAUAUGGUUUUGAAAUAUCUUGGAGCUUGUGAUUCUGAGCAAACAUUACAAGUGCAAAUUCAAACAGCGGCGACAGAGACCGAUCCAAUACUACCAAGAAAGGAGAUGCCUUGUAAAUAUGGAACAAAUGAAGAGGAGCCUGAAUCAAGUUCAUCUUCCUCUUCAGAAGAUUUUUAUGAUGGGAAGAUAUGUGUGAUUUGUUAUGACGAAAGGCGCAAUUGUUUCUUCACUCCUUGUGGACAUAGUGCUACUUGUUAUACAUGUGCAAAAAGGAUAAUGGAGGAGGAAAACAAGGUAUGUCCAAUCUGUAGAAGGCUCAUUCAUAAAUUAAGAAGAUUGUUUAGUUCCAGGGAUGAUCCACAAGGUGCAAUGAGCGAAGGUGGAGAAAACUCUUAAUUGUGAACUGAACAAUAUCCUGAUGGAAUAGCCCCUCAUUUAUUUUGGGGAGAUUCGAUGUUUGACUCUUGGAGGUGUUUCCCAAAUAUUAGGCCUGGAUAAUUUUUCCAACUAAA